AAUACAAGAUGAGUGUCAACAUUAACUGGGACAUUGAAUCCUACCGUGCUCCAUAUGAGAGUGAUGAGCACUGGGCCUUGAAGCAGGAAUUUAUGGAAGCGCAUAAAUCAAGAAUACCAGAAGAUCGUCUGGUGUGCUUAGCUCAAGUGUUUGUCAAUAUUGAACUGUUGGGUUGUAGGUAUCCAGACAAGACAAUGGAGCAAGUUAGUAUAUUGGCUCGAGAUGUAGGCCAGGAAUACAAGGAAAGCAAGAAGAAGAAAUUACAGCGCACGUUUGUUAAAGCAUCAGAUGCUGCUGGGGCUAGAUACAAAGGCAGUAAGGCUCGCUCAUAAAUAUACUCUUCUUUAGUUUAUUUUGUGUACAAUAAGGAAAGUAAUUGGUUAGGCAAACAAAAAGUGAAUUUGCUCAUUUGACAUUGCAGACUAAUGUUUUAUCACCCAGCAAUUUAGUGCUUCUUUUUAACAGAGUACGAUAAUAGUUGAAUGAAUGAUGGUGAAUGUAUUUUUCUUUUUCUGGUAGCCCUACCUUGGUGGGAGACGGCCAAUCUGUUAAAAAACAAAAAACGUAAAAUAACGUCAGGCUGUUUACUGUUACUCACGCCAGUAGGAAAGUGUAUACAGUUGUUUAUUAAGCUAAAUUUCUCUAGCUUUCCCAACCUAGUUUUUAAACUAUUUUUUUUUAUUUUGUGAUUAGCCAAAGUUAAUUGAUUCCUGUCACUAGUUGGAUUGCAGGUACUAUAAUAUUUAAUUUUUUUAGUUCAUUUGUCAUUAGUACUUAUUGUGUAGUUUUUGGUAACUCUUAAGACCAAAAAAUCUUAAAUUGUUUUGCAGGGUUUUGCAUUGAGUACUAACAUGCACAUGAGAUAGAUAUUUAACUAUGAUGACAGCUACAAUAAGGUAUCAUUGUAAUGUUUCUGAAGCUCAGUACUUUUCAAACAAAAAAUGUGUAAAUGUUAGGUAGCCCAACAAAUGAAGCAUUUUCAUAUGGUCAUUAUCAUGUUCCGUAAGCUCUUGAUUAAUGUAUCUCCUCCUGACACUGAUUCUUCUGUUUAAGCUAUCUGCCCUUAAUCUAGUCAUUACAGAUGCUAUCUUGUCAAUUCAGCCCAUACAGUAUACACAGUGUUUCUGACAUGAAUGUUAGUUCCAGCUUUCUCUUGAUACCUACCUUUAGUUAGUUCGUUAAUAACUGUAAGCAGAACCAUAGAUUAAUAGUAAGCAGAACCAUAAGUUAGUGAAUAACAGUAAGCAGAACUAUACGUUAGUUAGUAACAGUAAGCAGAACCAUUAGUUAACAAUAAGCAGAACCAUAAGUUAGUUAACAGUAAGCAUAGUCACAAGUUAGUUAAUAACAGCAAGUAGAGACGAUGAGUAAGAGACAUGGCAAUCAUAACACUGGAGAUGGUAGAAGUUGAGAAGUAAUUUUGAGUUGAUCAGUUCCAGACCCUUGAUAGAAGGUGCUCUGUCCUCUUAAGUCAUUGGAACUGAUCACCUCAAAAUUACCUCUCCACUUGUACUACCUCUAGUGUUAUAAUUCAAAAUACAAAAAUUAAUUUUUUUGCAUAGUAUACAAUGUGUAGUCUACACGUAGUAAAAUAGUGUUGAGCACAAAGAAAGCCACUAACAUGCUUGAGCAUUUUGGGCAGACUAAUCCUAAUUCUUACACACUACUUAAAAAUUGACUCAGGUUAUGGAGUGGUGAAUUUUAAUUAUACAUUAAUACAAAAAGAGGGGUAGCAAAAAUUUUAUAAUUAGUAAAAUUUGUAGUAGAGGGGGUUUAAAAAAAAAUGCUUAUCUUCUUUCUUUCAACGUACCAGCCGUAUCCCACCGAGGUAGGGUGACCCAAAAGGAAAAACGAAAAUUUCUCCUUUUAAAUUUAGUAAUACAUAUAUACAGGAGAAGGGGUUACUAGCCCCUUGCUCCCAGCAUUUUAGUCACCUCUUACGACACGCAUAGCUUGCGGAGGAAGAAUUCUGUUCCACUUCCCCAUGGAUAAAAAAAUGCUUAUAUUCCACUGAAAAAGCUUGUGAGGUCAAGUGUUUUGACAACAAAGAUACCCAAGUGAUGCACAUGACUUAUCAACUUAUCAGUAUUGUGUACUAUACCAUUUAUAAUAUGAAAUAGUAAAUAUAGCUAUAAACUAGUUAAUAACAGCAAGCAGAACCAAAGAUUAUUUCAGAUUAGGUCUGGGAUCACAAUUAUGAAGUUUAAUAAAUUGCUUUUUUUUUUUUUUUUUUUUUUUUUUAUAAUAUGUAAUUUGUGAAUAAACAUUUAUUAGGUGUGGUAGCAAUUUAAAUUUAUUCAAGAUAAUUUUUGUAUAAAUUAUUUCUGCAAAAGUUACUGUUCAGUUACAUUAAACAUAAAUACCAAAUUAUGACAUAAUUGGGAGCUAGAACAUUCAUAUCUAGUAGUAUAUAUUCAUUCUUUCUCGGUCAUUUUUUUUUAGCUGUAUAGUGUAUUGUAUUAACAUUAUUGUGAACUGUGCUAGUUUCAUGACAAAACUGUCACUUUGAUUGGGGUUAUUUUCUUUUCGUUAACACAUUGGCCAUUUCCCACCAAGGCAGGUUGACCUGAAAAAUAAGAAACACUUUCAUCAUUACUUGCUCCAUCACUGUCUUGCCAGAGGCAUGUUGACACUGCAGUUCAAAAACUGCAUCAUAUUAACAUCCCUCCUUCAGAGCACAGGACUAGAUAGCCUAGUUAACCGGUUUCCCUGAAUCUUUUCAUAAAUGUUACUUUGCUCGCUCUCCAACUGCAAGUCAGGUCAUAAAAACCAUUUGCCUCCACUUUCUCCUAUCUAACACGCUCACACACACACUGGAAUUCUAAGCCCCUUGCACACUAAACCUCCUUUACCCUUUCCCUCCAACCUUUCCUAGGAUGACUUCUACUCCACCUUCCUACCGCUGCAGAUUUAUACACCCUUCAAGUCAUUCUAUUUUGUUCCUUUCUCUCUAAAUGUUCAAACCCCCUCAACAACAGCUCCACAGCCCUCUGGAUAAUACUCUUAGAAACCCCAUACCACCACCUAAUCUCCAAGCUAUGGAUUCUUUGCAUAAUACAGCCUCUCCUCACUUAACGACAGAGUUCCAUUCCUAAGACCAUGUUGGUAAACGAAUUCAUCGCUAAGUGAGGAGCAUGCUAUAAUUUUAGUGGGUUUGUGUCAACCAUCUUUGUUAUUGUUUUAAUGUCAUAUUUGAACCAUUUAUAACAUUUCUGGUAUAUUUCAAAUGUUUAUUCAGUUUUGUACUGUAUAUUGUAAUAAAGAAAAUAGAGGAGGUCAGCUCUAAUAUACAUUAUUUAGGUAUGCAUACUGGUCAGGGAGUCUGUUGUAAGUCCGAGUUGUUGGCAAUAGAGUUUGUCAAUAAAUGAGGAGAAGCUGUAUUCACACCACACACAUUGCCCUCAGAUGCGACAUCUCCACUGCUUCCAGCCUUCUUGUUGCAAUAUUCACCACUCAUGUUUCACACCCAUAUAAGAGUGUUUGUACAACUAUACUUUCAUACAUUUCCCUCUUUGCUUCCAUGGGUAACGUUCUGUCUCCACAAACUCCUCGGUGCACCACUCGCCUUUUUCCCUCUCGACAAUUCUGUACUUCACCUUAUUCUUUCGUAGACCCAUCUGUUGAGAGAUCCACUCCCAAAUAUCUGAGCACAUUCACUUCUUCCAUAACUCAUUCCCUCCCUCCAACCUAAAUUUUUUGUUAUCCUCAUCACCUAGCUUUUUCCUAUAUUCACUUUUAAUUUCCUUCUUUUACACACCCUCCAAAUUUGUCCACCAACCUCUGCAACUUCUCUUCAGAAUCUCCCAAAAGCAGUGUCAUCAGCAAAAAGGAAGUGUGAAAUGUGACAACUCCCACUUUGCGUUAGAUUCUUUAUCUUUGAAUCCUGCGCCUAUAACCUCACUAUAACCUAGUAGCACUGAUAAACCUGGGAAAAUUUAACUGAAGUUUGUCUUGUUAGUUGAGGAAACUGAACAAAGCCAUGAAUCCCUUAUUUAAGGAUUAGUAACAAGAACAUAGUGAAUGAAUGUAUGGGUAAGGUGUUUUUUACAGAUCAAGUGUCGAAGAUAUGAUCCAGUAAAACAAUACAGACUUAAAUCAUUACAUGUUCUAAUUUUUAAUGCACUGUAUUUUUGUAUGACUAUUUGUUUCAUUAAAUGUAUACAUAUAUAA